UUUGUUUUUACAUUUCCCAAUUCCCUGGCAGUAUAGUUUUUUUCCGUUUUCCACAAUAGUUACUAAUUUACUAUCGGCAAAGUGAAUUCAACGUAUUUAACUAAAAAUGCGUUGGAGUGAAGAGGCAACGCUUGAAUUCGUUAAGCUUUACUUAAAACAGGAAUGCCUUUGGAAUCCCCAUAACAUAGGCUACAAGUCUAAACAUCAUCGGGAUAAAGCUUACUCUGAAAUAAUUUCAGAGUUUAACCACAUAAAAACCCUCACAAUACCGGAGGUGAAACUGAAGAUUAAGACUUUGAGAACGACAUAUAUCCAGCAGUUGCACAAAAUACAACAGAAGUCCAGUCCCGACUGUAUUUACGAGCCGUCUUUAUUUUGGUUCCAUGAGAUGGAUCGGUGUCUGAAAGAUGUUAUUCAUACCAACGGACUUUCAUCUACUGAUACUCAAGAAGCAUCAGAGGCAGACUCAAGUUGUAUGUGGAUAAAUCUACACAACAGUGACGAUGAAUUCACAUCGGAUCUGCUUGUUACAAAAUCAGAUGAAGAUAUAGACUCUUUCAAUGGGGGAACCUUAACCCCAAUCAAGUUGGGAAUGCCCUACACACUAUCUAGCAAGAAAAUAAAGAAGAAAAGAUUGAAACACAGAAGACUUUUGGUCCUAAAUUCUGAAGACUCUAGUUGUUUAAGGAAACGCUAUGAUGAGUUUGAUAUGUAUGGCAGAUACAUAGCUACUCAGUUGAGGGGAAUGGAUUUGCGGAAGGCUUUGCAACUGCAGUUACAGAUACAGACUUUAGUGAGUGAGGCCAGGAUAUCAGAUACAGACUAAAAGCUAAAAAAAGCUAUAAAUUAAACAACUUUUAUUGUUUAUUACUCUUCUGUGUUUAUCUGUGAUCAGAAAAUAAAACUAAAACCAGUUCAAACCAUGGAGACUUCACGAUUAUUUACUUAUUUCUCAACAUAUUAUGUAAUUCAAAAAAAACAUUAUAAUAAUAUAUUGUUUUACUCAUAAUUAAGUAAUAUAGCCUGAAUGCAUACAUACUUAUUACCUAAUGUUAGUUAAUUAUAAUUAUGUAUUGUAAUAA